UUUCAAUGAAAUCAUACCCGAUAAUUCAGACUCUAGUAGACUCUGAGUAAUCUGAAUUUGAGUCGAACCAUACCUUAAUCGAGGAAAAGCUCUCCCAACAAAUGUUCCUACGAUUUCAAAUAUAUCAAAUCUGAGACAUUAGUUAAGUUAAAAAUUAAAACGCUUCCUCAUCGAUUGAUCUAAUCACUUGUUGGUAAUCAAGCCGCGACGCCGUGUUGCCAAUUUUUAAUUUGUAAGAGUAAGAGGAUUAAAAAGCAUAUGAUGUCAAGGUAAACAAAUAGAGUGGACGUAAUUUUCUUUAUGAAACACUUUGUUCUCCUUCCCUCCAUCUCUCUUCUCAGAAAGAUAAAAUGAACCAAGGAAUCCUACAAUGGAAUCCCUCUUCACCAAACCCAUUUUCUCUCUCCUCUUCCUUUCCCUCAUCAAUCCAAUUCAUCCCCAAAUUCAAACGCCUCAAUCUAAUCUCAGCAACCCUGAAUUCCCUUGAAGAAGAACAAAAAUUACCCGCAAAAGAGAGAAGAAAGCUCAGGAAUGAGAGGAGAGAAAGUAAAGCUUUUGAUUGGAAAGAGGAAGUUGAGAUGAGGCUUAUUAAGAAGCCUAAGAAGAGAUAUGCCUCUUGGACUGAAGAACUUAAUCUUGAUACUUUGGCCCAAUUGGGCCCUCAAUGGUGGGUCGCUCGGGUUGCUCGGGUCAAUGGUCAUGAAACUGCUGAAAAGCUUGCUCGUUCUCUUGCUAAUAAUUACCCUGACAUUGAUUUUAAGCUUUAUAUGCCUGCAGUACAAGUGAAAAGAAAGUUGAAGAAUGGUACUCACUCCAUCAAGCCAAAACCGCUAUUUCCUGGAUGUGUCUUUUUGAAGUGUGUGAUGAACAAAGAGAUACAUGACUUCAUAAGAGAAUAUGAUGGCAUAGGAGGAUUUGUUGGAUCCAAGGUUGGAAACACGAAACGACAAAUAAACAAGCCCAGACCAGUGUCUGAAGAUGACAUGGAAAAAAUAUUUAGACAAGCAAAAGAGGAGCAGGAGAAAGCUGAUCAAGCCUUUGAAGAUAGUCAGAAACCAGUACUUAGCUCUGAAGUGCCUCAGCUUGAGUCUGAGUCUGGUUCUUUGGAAACACUCAUUGAUUCAAGUCCAAAAAGACGAACCACAAAGACUGCAGAGUCUACUCCAAAAGGAAAAAAGAAAAAGAUUCCGAAAAUUGGUUCAACUGUUAGAGUCGUUUCUGGAUCCUUUGCAGAGUUUUCAGGCAUCCUCAAGAAGGUGGACAAAAAGAAUGAGAGGGUGACUGUCGGAUUCACGCUAUUUGGCAAGGAGACCAUAGCUGACUUAGAUUUCAAAGAAAUCGCAGAAGAGGCAGUGUAACACCCUUUCUAAUGUGAUUGGUAUAUGGUUUGUAACCUUGUGUAUUAUUUUCUCUUGUAAAAGUAAAUAUAGAUGAAUGAAUGUAGAUUACAAGAGAAUGUGUAUCACGAGUACAUAUAUUUCCUGGAAGUACAAGCUAUGCAAUUAUCCUCUUGAUCCUGA